AUUCUAUUGGGGACCCCCCGUUUCGGCCACCAGCCCAUUCCCCCUCUCCCCCCUUCUCGCCCCCUCCCCUGUCGUGGGGGACCGGGGAGGACGGGGCGAGGGUGAGGGCUGGGCUGGACUGAUGGUCGUAACAAGGGCACCCUCUUUACAUGGCAAUGGCGGCUGGUAAAGCGACGGAGUUCGACGCGGAGGAGAAUAGCAAGGGCAAGACCGAGAACACCCCGCUGCUUGGUGAGAAGUCCGAGGGCAAGUCCGUUGGGCUCAAGCUGAGCGGGCUGAGCGACUUCGGUCCCAUCAAGUUCUUUCUGGAGCUGCAGGAGCAUUUCGGGUACAAGCUGCUCGCGCUGCUCUUCAUCGUCCAGCACAACCUCAAG